AUGCCGCAGGUUUUGCAGCCUCUUCCUAAACGCCCCAUGAAAGAGCCCAUUCCAGGCUUGUCGAAACCUUCUCGUGGGCGUCAUGUUCCCACCAGGGAGACGGCUGGCCCCGACAGGAAGCACCCUUGCCCGGUGAAGGGAUGCGACAAGAUGUUCACGAAGCGGGCGCAUGUCAAUCGCCAUAUCGCAUCGCUACAUUGUCACGAGAAGAGCUGGAGCUGCUACGCCCCAUUCUGCGAUAAGAACUUCACUCGUUACGACAACUACCUGCGUCAUCAGGCGAAGCACUCGCACUACCAAGAAAUCUUCCAGUGCGCACCAGAUGACGAAUACAAGGGAGUCCACCUCGAGAACCCGAACGUCGUCGACCCCGACUCGUUCAACAUCAAGCCGUUCGCCGCCAUCGCAAUCCACCCCACCGCACUGAAUCUCUGGCGGUUUCAGGAGACUCAGCGCCGAAAUGGCGUGAACCUGCCUUGGGGCUCGGAUUGCGACAAAUACUUCGCCGCACAUCCUGAGCAGAUGGAGGCAGCGCUCCGGGGGGACCCGGAGUGGGAGUGGCGCAUCCCCGAACCAGGCGAGGAGUUUAGGAGGAAAGACGGGCGCUCCUUGGUGGGCAUGUUCAGGUUGGACAUCAAGCCCCAGCAAAUGGAUUGA